AUGGCGGUCAUGUCGCGCUCCAACAGGCUCGCGGCGACGGCGCUGCUGGUGCUGCUCGCGCUGGCGGCGGGCGUGGCGGCGAAGAAGACGCAGGACGACGUGGCGGCGGAGGCGGCGGCUGGCAAGGAGGACGAGACGUGGACGGGGUGGGCCAAGGAGAAGAUCUCCGAGGGGCUGGGGCUGAAGCACCUCGACGAGGAGGAGGCCGCGCGCAAGGCCGGCGAGACCGCCAAGUCCACGCGCGAGACCGCCCAGCACGCCGCCUCCGAGACGGGGAGGCAGGUGAGCGGCAAGGCCGGGGACGCCAAGGAGGCGGCGGAGCAGGCGGCCACCGGGGCGGCGAACAAGGCCGGGCAGGCCAAGGACACGGCGAAGGAGGCGGUGAAGGGCACCGCCGGCGAGGCGUCCAAGAAGGCGGAGCAGGCCAAGCACAAGACCAAGGAGGCUGCGGACUCGGCCGCCAAGACGGGCGCUGAGACGCACGAGCGGUCGAAGCAGGGCAAGGCCAAGGUCGAGGAGACGGCCAAGGAGAAGGCCGGCCAGGGGUACGAGACGCUCAAGCAAACCACGGACGCGGCCGCCGAGAAGGCUGGCACUGCCAAGGACACCGCGGCUGAGAAGGCAGCGGCCGCCAAGGACACGGCGGCUGAGAAGGCCGCUGCCGCCAAGGACACUGCCGCCGAGAAGGCCGCUGCCGCCAAGGACACUGCCGCCGAGAAGGCCGCUGCCGCCAAGGACUCGACGUGGCAGGCGCAGGAGACGCUCAAGAAGUACAACGACGAAGCCGCCGCCAAGGGCAAGGCAGCGAAGGACACGGCCGCGGAGAAGGCCGCGGCCGCGAAGGACACUGCCGCAGAGAAGGCAGCUGCCGCGAAGGACGCGGCGGUGAAGAACGCCGAGGUGGCGAAGGACACUGCCGCGGAGAAGGCUGCAGCAGCGAAGGACGCAACCUUGGAGAAGACACAGUCCGCGAAGGACGCAGCGUGGGAGACGGCGGAGGCGGCGAAGCAUAAGGCCGGCGAGGGGUACGAGAAGGCGAAGGAGAAGGCGUGGGAGACCGCAGAGGCGACCAAGGAGAAGCUCGGGGAGGUGAAGGACAAGGUCACCGGCGCGGCAUCCGAGGCGGCCGGCAGGGACAAGAAGCAGCGGAGGGACGACGAGCUGUGAAGGAGCUUAAGCAUGAUCUACAUUUCUGGCCGUAGUUCUUGAAUCUUGGGGAUGUUUACAGUGCUCGCGUUGCGUCGCUCUAGUUUUUUUUUACGUUGUUCCUUGUACAAUAAUGUGACCCCUCUGUAGAGAACCUUGC